CUUCUUCAUCUCCAUCUCUCUCCUUUCUUCUCAUUCUUCAUUUCCCAUGUUUUCUCACUCUGAUCUGCAAAAAUAUAAAUGAAUUAAUUGUUUCUUUAUAUAAAAAUGUUCUAUUUAAUUACAAUGACAAACAACGCUCUAUUGACCACGUCGUCUUUUUCUUCUGCUAAAUUCUCUUUGUUUCGAAAACCCAAUACUUUCACUGUCAAUUCCAAUAUUUUAUGUUCGGAAUCAAAAGUUGCCCACAAGCUUACCAACCUGACUUCAGAAUUCACCUCUCUGACGCAGCCAAUAGAUCGAGUGAAGCGCCUCUUGCACUACGCCUCCCUUCUACCUCCCUUCGCCGACAACGAGCGGAUUCCGGCGAACCGCGUGGGCGGCUGCGCCUCCCAGGUGUGGGUGGUGGCGGAGGUGGACGAGCGGCGGAGGAUGCGGUUCCGGGCCGACAGCGACUCCGAGAUUUCGAAAGGGUUCUGUUGGUGUCUGGUCUGGAUACUUGAUGGCGCGAAACCCGAGGAGGUGCUCUCGGUCCACAGGGACGAUUUGGCUAACAUCAACGUGGGGUUGGGGAUGAGUCUCAAGGCCCACUCACGGACCAACACGUGGCACAACGUCUUGUUCUCCAUGCAAACCGCUGCUAAGGGUUUCCUCCUCUGAAGUGAAAACAAUCAAUAUUUUUCCUCUCACAACACACACGAAUGUAGAAGCAUGGGUGAUGUUGUUGGGAUAUCCUUAUUGCCCUUGUUCCUGUUUUUUCUUUUUAUAUAUAUAAUCUCGUUUUUUUUUUUUAUUGUUUUUAUGAUCACGGUGGGGUUAGCUAUGUUCCCUGAAAUCAAAGGGCGUGUGAUAAUGAGUCUGUCAAUAUAAUUUUUAAAUCAAACGGGAGUAUAUGUUUAGAUUAGA